GGAAUUUAUAUACUUGGGGAUUUUAUUCGAGUGGAACUGGAUUCCAAGAUCCUUCUAAUUCUCCUAGAAAAUUAGAUAUAUUUAAAGAUAAUGUACAAAAGGUAUCUAUGGGACGACAUCAUACAGCUGUUAUUACAACCAAUGGAAAAUUAUUUACUUUUGGCUGUGGAAAACAUGGUGCAUUAGGUUAUAAAAAUUAUUAUUUUUAACACACUCCUAAAGAAGUACCUUUUUUUUCUGAUAGAAAAUUAAAAGUAAUAGACGUAGUAACAGGAUAUAAUCAUACAAUAGCAGUUGUUGAAAAUGGAGAUAUAUAUUCUUGGGGAUGGAGUGGAAAUAAUUUAAGAAGUAUUUUUGGACUAAAUUAUUUGAUGUCAUUAUUUAAAGCUCCACCAAUUGGUGCAUUGGGAAGAGGAAUAACUAAUAAUAAUUAUUUACCAGAAAAGAUUUCAAAUUUGAAUGCUAAAAGUUAUUAAUAAUUAGUUUCUGGAGAUCAUUUCGUUCAUUUAGUUAAAUAAGGAGGUGAAUUAGUUAAUUGGGGUUAAGGUAUUGAUGGAUGUUUAGGAAACGGAUAUGAAUCAGCAUUAUAUACACCUGCCAUAAACGAAUAUUUCUAAAAUUUAAAAGAUGAAUAACAUAUCAAUAUUGUUAAAAUAAAAGCCGCUGCACAUCAUUCAGUUGUUUUACUUUCAGAUGGAAAUUUAUACUCUUUUGGUAAAAAUGAUUAAGGUUAAUUAGGCAUUAGAUUGAAUUUAGGACAUACUAAUGAUAAAUUAGCUGUUUCACCUACUCCAGUAAAUAAUGUUGCUUAUAAAGGUUAAAAUAUUGUAGAUUUUGAUACAGGAAAAAACACUUUAGUGAUUUUAACAGACUAAAACUAAGUCUUCUUUAGUGGACUAGAAUUAGCUUAUUAACCUAUUAAAUGGGAAAUCCCUUCAAAUGAAAAAAUUAUUAAAGUUACUGCUUCAGAAGAUUCAUUUGCAGCAUUGACUGAAAAUGGAACACUUUAUUAAUUUAAUCAAUAUUGUGAUGCCAAUGUAAGAGAAUAUGAAUAAUAUGAAUAUGCAAUUUAAAAUGAUAAAUCAUUUUAAGGAAAAAUAGUUGAUGUUGGAGGAAAUUAUGGAAUUAGAUAUGCAAUAGUUAAUUGAAAAUAAAAAUAAAAAUAUAUAUAUAAUUUUUUAGAUAUUAUAUAUAUAUAUAAUAUUUGUAAAUUUUUUUUAUAUUAAAU